AUGACAAACACAACCGAACAAACCACUGGAAACACCUCCAACCGAAACCCCGGUUUUGACUUUGGCAGCAGUCCCGAAGGGCUGUUGCCCACCCCCGAAGAGCAACAACAGAUGCUGUUGAAAUGGCGAGAAGAGCAGGCUGCUAAAGCCCAAUCUUCCAAGACCAAAGAGCAAGAAGCUGCCCGAUUAGCCAAGAAGAGGGAAGCCGAUGAACUGCGCCUGAAGGCCCUCCAGCUACAAAGGGAAGAAAUUGAGCUCCAGGAGAGAGCCCUCCGAGAGGCCUUGGAGGCCGAAGGAGGUCGAGCGCCAGAAGGUGAAGGUAAUAAGAAGAGGAAUCGGGAAGACCAAGACGGGUCUUCGGACUCCGAGUCACACUCCCGAGGGCCUCGUCACAGGCAUGUCACACCUUCGGAUACCGAAGGGGAGGAAGGUCCCCACGUUAGGGACCGACUUCGCCGAAUGGAGAAGGCCAUGUUUGGGGACAAGACGUUGACCCAUGAGCCAGUGAUAGUCGAAGAGAUCGAGCAAUAUCGGCCGCCCCCAGGGAGACAGUUCCCGAAGAUGAAUGAAUUUAAUGGGAAGGGCGACCCGAUCGAUCAUUGCGACAAAUACGAGUCCCUGAUGACCGGAAUGGGACACUGCGACAUCAUGCUAUGCAAGAUGUUCAAGACCUACCUAAAGGGAUCCGCUACGAUGUGGUACCGAUCCCUGAGGCCAAGGUCGGUCAGUUCUUAUGAUCAAUUGAAAUGCAAGUUCUUGAGGCACUACUCUCACUUAUGCCGAAGAGAGAAGGAUACAGAAGCCCUUAUCCAUUGCCGACAAAGACCUAAUGAGGAGUUGGGCGAUUACUUAGCCAGGUUCAAGGAAGAAGCCGGGAUGGUCACUAACCUGGAUAAGGUGAAGGCUGCAGGGUUCCUGACGGCCGGUCUGGACCCGGUGAAGGGUAAGAAGCUCCGAUCAUCUUUGUACGAUAUACCCCCCAAGUCGCUGAAUGACAUCUAUUUGCGGGGAGAAAGCAUCAGAAGGAAGAUGGAAUCCAUUGGGGGACACAAGAGCGACCGGAAAGAUGAUCGGUACAGCUCCCGUUCGGACGGCAAGGGAAAAAGAAAUGAUGGCUACCGAGGCAGAAGAGAUGAAAGGGAUGAGAAGCUGGAUAGAGGGGCCGAACGAAGGAGAGAUAGAGACAGCACUGUGUUCACUCCUUUGAAUACAUCUGUCUCCAAGAUUCUGAACGAGAUUAAGGGGAAACCAGGAUUCGUUCGGCCACCAAAGAUGAAGAUCCCAGAUUACAAGAAAAACUCAAAUAAGUAUUGCGACUAUCAUCGGGACAACGGGCAUAAUACCGAUGAAUGUUACCACUUGAAGAAGUUAAUAGAAAGGAUGGUCAAGGCUGGUGAUUUGAACCAGUAUGUUAAGGAUCUGAGGGAUCGGUUGGGUCCCAAAGAAGAUAAAGGGAAGGCGCCCGAAGAAGGUGAGAGGUACAGAGGUGAGGUCCGAACGAUUUUUGGGGGAACAAUCCUGGACCGAAGUAGCAAGACAGCCAAGAAGAAGUACGCCCGACAGGUCUACAACCUUUAUAGCAUAAACUCCACCAAACAGUCGUAUCCUAUAAUGUUCUCACAAGAAGACUAUGGAGAUGUUAUGCUGCCACACGACGAUCCGUUGGUCAUUAAUCCCGUGAUCGGUCAAAAUAAGAUCUGGAAGGUCCUGGUUGAUGGGGGAAGUUCUGUUAACGUCCUCUAUUACAACACCUACCAGAAGAUGAACCUAGAAGGCAAGCAGAUCGAUACCUGCUAUGAGGCACCUCUCUAUGGGUUCGGCAAUCAGCCAGUCCCGAUCGAAGGUACGAUCCACUUGCCCUUGUUGCUCGGUAAAUCCCCUUAUACCGUGGAAAAACAGGUCAAAUUCUAUGUGGUCCGAGUCGAGAGUCCUUUCAAUGCCAUCUUGGGGAGACCUGUUCUCACUGCUUUCGAAGCCAUUGCCUCUAUUCCCCACCUCAAGUUGAAGUUCCCGACCGAGAAGGGAGUGGGAGAGAUGAGAGGUGAUCAGAAGGCUGCUAGGAUCAUUAUGCUGGAAGACUUGGAGAAGGACAAGGAUCUAGGCGGCGCCGAACCGAAGAUGGUCCUGGGGGCAGCGGCCAUGCCCUACAUAUUGAGUUGGAGAAGUUUGGAAAUGAUCUCUCAAACCCGAUAG